AAUGCUUUUGGAAAACGGGAAAAUUACUUUUUUCAAUUAAUUGUGAAAAACAAAUUAAAAAACUGGAACGGCUUAGACAUUACAGUGCGUAUGCGCCGAAUUGAUAUCUGAGAAUACAAUCUGACAGCCAAACGAAUAAAAACAAAAGAAACUCACAAUUUAUAUUAUUGUGCCAUUACAUGUCGCACAAUUUGUAUAACAUUUAUUGAAAAUGGCGGAAAUAUUAUGUUGUGAUUUUGAAGUACAUGGCAUAGUUCAAGGAGUUUCUUUCCGCAUGUACACCGAAAAGCAGGCAAAAUCUCUGAGUGUGCGUGGGUGGUGCAUGAACACACCACACGAUACCGUUAAGGGUCAAAUCGAGGGUACACCGGAAGCCUUCGAGCAAAUGAAACUUUGGCUACAAAAAACUGGAAGCCCUACUAGUCGCAUUGAUAAGACCGACUUUAGCGAGACGAAAAAAUUACAGGAUUUUACAUUUUCAAAUUUUUCAAUUCGUCAUUGAUUGUAUUAUAAUGUAAAUACAAUAUUUUAGUGCAAAUAAACUCAGUGAUUGGAAAAACAAAAUAUUAAAUACCCAGUAACAAUCAACAAUAAUCGUGAUCCACAUGGGGCGCAAAGUUCUGUGUUUGCAUAGAUCAAAUUAUAUAUGAGCGGUUGGC